GCUUCUCGCUCCGUCCUCAUGCCUGCUCCCGGCCCCUCUGGGGCGACAACGGUCACCGUGACGCUGCCUGCGCUGAUCGACGAGCUCAAGAACCACGUGUCCGCCGACAAGGCGCCCGAGCUCGAUCGGCUCGUUGCGCAGGCGCGCGACAACCCAAAGGAGCAGGCCGCCGUCAAGCGGCGGAUGGGCGAGUUGGCCACGAGGCAGCAGCUGACCGCGGCGGUCAACGCGCUCAUCGAGCGCUCCGCCACGGCGCCCGUCCCCGCGCCCGCCCUCUCCUCCGGCGCCGACUCCUCCUCCCCCUCAGCCUCCGGAAGCGAGGCGGGGGGGAGCGGCUCCCUCCCUGCGGAGCUGCUGCCGCUGAUCGACAGCCUGGACAAGGAGGACUUCCGCGCGUCGCUGAUCCACUGCUUCCACUGCCGCACGCCCUCCUGCCCCGUCCCCGGCUGCGUCCCGCUCACCGCCAAGCUCGAGCGCCUGCACGCGCACGUCAGCAGCUGCACUGCCGCGCAAGCGCAGGGCUGCGCGCUGUGCCGGAUGUGGGCGUACCUCAAGGACUACCGCGACGCGGUGGACCACAACUCGGCGGCCGGCGCCUCGCAGCAGGCCAACACGCAGGCUCCGGGGCUGUGCCAGGCCCUCUACGUCGAGCCCCUCCUCAAGAGCUCGCAGCUGCUGCCGAGGUGGAAGGACGGGCGGGUCGAGUGGAAGCGGCGCAAGCUCGACGGCGGCGCGGAGGAGAGCGUGGACCCCGACCUUGCGGCGGCGUGGGACAUGCCUGCUGCGGCGAGGGUCGGUGGUGCUCAGGACGAGAGCGGUAUCCCGCCGCUCGCGGAGCUCGGUGCGAUGGGCUCUCUCUCGGCGCUCGAGCAGCAGCUGGCGGAUGCGCACGAGGGGAGGCUCGGCGCGGGGUUGCCGCUCGGUGACAGCGCCUCCUUCCGGAUGUCGGGGCUGCCGUUGGCGAGCUCGCUCAGCUCGAACUUCAACCUCGAGUCGGUGCUCAAGGCCACCUCGAUGACCGACCUCGGCCUCAACUUCCGCCGCUCCGCCUCCCAGCUCCGCGACAAGAACGACGAGCUCAACGACAUCCUGUCCGAGUUUGACUCGCGGUGA